AUGUCCAGUGAACUAGCCUCUGAUUUAGGAUUUGAUCCAACAUUAAAGAAGAAGAAGAAGUCUAAGAAGGUUGCACCAGAAAGCUUCGACACUGUUGACGCUUCUUUAACUAAAGAAUCUACACCAACAUCAUCUACCAACCCUGAUGAUGCUCUCUUUGCUGGGCUGAAGAGAAAGAAGAAGAAGUCUAAGGAUGUUGCUACUGAAACGAGCACCAAUAACACAUCAGUAGAUGACCUUUCAGACGUCCUUGGUGAUUUAACUUUAAAGAAGAAGAAAAAGAAGAGUAAGGAAGCCACAACCGAUGAUUUCGAAAAAGAAUUAGCUAAAGCUGGUGUUUCUACUAGUAAAGACGGUACACCAUUAAGUGAAGGUAAUAGUGAAUCAGAAACACUUCAAAAGGAAGUUGGGUUACCCUAUCCUCAACUUUUAUCUAGAUUUUUUGAUAUUUUAAGAACUAAUAACCCAGAAUUAGCAGGUGAUAGAUCAGGUCCUAAAUUUAGAAUUCCUCCACCUGUAUGUUUGCGUGAUGGUAAGAAAACUAUUUUUGCUAAUAUUCAAGACAUUAGUGAAAAAUUACAAAGAUCUCCUGACCAUUUGAUUCAAUAUUUAUUUGCUGAAUUAGGUACUUCUGGUUCCGUUGAUGGUCAAAAAAGAUUGGUCAUUAAGGGUAAGUUCCAAUCUAAACAAAUGGAAAACGUUUUAAGAAGAUAUAUUCUAGAAUAUGUGACUUGUAAGACUUGUAAGAGUAUCAACACUGAUUUGAAAAAGGAACAAUCUAAUAGAUUAUUCUUCAUGGUUUGUAAGAGUUGUGGUUCUACAAGAUCUGUUUCCUCUAUUAAGACAGGUUUCCAAGCUACAGUUGGGAAAAGAAGAAAGAUGUAA